AUACCAACAUCUUUUGAAUUCUUGAGUUGUUUUCCUUAAAGCUCAUAAAUAUAUUUCUAAACAUGGAUACAUAGCAUAAUAGACUAAAUCCAACAGAAGCAGUGCAAUUCUUUGGUUGCUAUGACAACGUAAACUGAUCAACUUCCUGUCACUGAUUUAAAAGAGGCACUCUCCUGUGGCCAUAAAUACUAAUUACAAACAAAAACACUGACUGAAGACAUUUUAUUUCAUAGAGGAAAUUAAUAGAACAUUAUUCUACUUACAUGCUACAGAAAGAUGGACUUAGAACGCUGACGAGUACAGAGGGUGACAGAAUGGUUUGAGAAUGAUAUAUGUCUUGGAGGAAAGGAAAGCCACAGGAUCCAGCAGCCAUCUUCAUCUACAGGAGAAAUAUGUUCCGAUGGUCUGAGUGAAAAAAGAAAACAAGCAAAAGACAUGAACAAAAUUUCUCUAAAGAAGACAUAUGGGUAGUUGGAAAGAGACCACAGACAUUGAAGGAACCUCAUUCAGGACCUUUCCCUCACCCAGUCUCUCUGGCAAAGUAGUGCUGAAGGUGAGGAUGAGCUACUUUGUGGAUUCUGCAGCCAGUGGCCCUGCCCCUUAUUCAGCAGUGCGGCCUGCUGUGGUGAGGCAGGGGCCUAUCAACUCCUAUGAAGAUCCUCAAAUGGCCGCCUGUGGUUUCCAGUCCAAUUAUCACCAGCAAAGAGCUUACUACCCCUUCUGGGAUAAGAUAGCAACUCAGGAAGUUCCCACAGGUCUGGAACACUGUGGCCCAGAUAUGGAAUGUGCUGAUGUACCACUGUUAACUCCAAGCAGCAAAGAAAUGAUGUCUCAAGCAUUGAAAGCUACUUUCAGUGGUUUCUCUAAAGAACAACAAAGACUGGGAAUUCCAAAAGACCCCCGGCUGACAGAAACCCAUGUUCAGGACUGGAUGAUGUGGGCUGUGAAUGAGUUCAGCCUGAAAGGUAUGGACUUCCAGAAGUUCUGUGUGAAUGGGGCAGCCCUCUGCGCACUAGGAAAAGACUGCUUUCUCGAGCUGGCCCCAGACUUCGUUGGGGAUAUCUUUUGGGAACAUCUUGAGAUCCUACAGAAAGAGAAUGUGAUACCAUACCAAGUGAAUGGAGUCAACCCUACCUAUCCAGAAUCCCGCUAUACCUCAGAUUACUUCAUUAGUUAUGGUAUGGAGCAUGCUCAGUGCAUUCCUUCCUCUGAGUUCUCAGAGCCUAGCUUCAUCACAGAGUCCAACCAGACACUCCAUCCCAUUAGCUCGGAGGAACUCCUCUCCCUCACGUAUGAGAAUGACUACUCCUCGGUCAUUCUCUGGGACCCUCUGCAGACAGACACCUUGCAGACUGACUACUUUGCCAUCAAACAAGAAGUUGUAACCCCAGACAACAUGUGCAUGGGGAGGACCAGUUGUGAUAAGCUCGGGGCCCAGGACUCUUUUGAGAGCGUGGAGAGCUACGACAGUUGUGACUGCCUCACCCAGUCCCGGAGCAGCCAUUCAUCUUUUAGUAGCCUGCAGCACAUCCCCUCCUAUGAAAGCGUCGACUCAGAGGACUAUCCAGCUGCCCUGCCCAACCACAAGCCCAAGGGCACCUUCAAGGACUAUGUGCGUGACCAUGCUGACCUCAACAAGGGCAAACCUAUCAUUCCUGCUGCUGCCCUGGCUGGCUACACAGGCAGUGGACCAAUCCAGCUAUGGCAGUUUCUUCUGGAAUUACUCACUGAUAAAUCCUGUCAGUCUUUUAUCAGCUGGGUAGGAGAUGGCUGGGAGUUCAAGCUUUCUGACCCAGAAGAGGUGGCCAGGAGAUGGGGAAAAAGGAAAAACAAACCUAAGAUGAAUUAUGAGAAACUGAGCUGUGGCCUAUGCUACUAUUAUGACAAAAACAUCAUCCAAGAAACAGCGAGUAAGCGCUAUGUGUACCGCUUUGUGUGUGACCUGCAGAACCUCCUGGGCUACACGCCCGAGGAACUCCACACCAUGCUGGACAUCAAGCCCGAUGCUGAUGAGUGAUGGACACCACAGGGCUCGGGGAAACUCUGCUGAGACAUUUCGAAGAACAAACAUGUCAGUCGGACUCUUAAUUUUUCAUUGUUAUUCUAUUUUUAAUUUUCCAGAACUCAUUUUUUUUUUUUUUACAUUCAGGGGUGGGAGCUAAAUGAGCUGCAGCUAUAAUCAAUUGUGUGCAGUUGGAAAAAAGAAAGCCAGGACUUGUGGCAUGGGUGGGACAAGAAAUUCUUGAGCAAAUUUUCAGGAGAGAGAGAAGGGUCUUAGAAGCUUGAAGGAUCUGGCUUAAGGGAGGAGGAAAUGAACGUGUAUCAUUAUUUCUAAAAAUCAUCCAUGAAAAAAAUGUGUCUUGAGUUAUGGAUCUAUUAGCAAAAGAAAUUGAGACAUCAGGAGUCAUGAGUCAGGCAAUUAACUUGCUUUUGUUUUUAGUUCUGGGAGGGCAAAAAAAAAGAGGGAGGUGGGAUAAAACAUUUGUUUGGGGGAUGCACUAAAAACCAAGGACUAUUUGGUUUUGGUCGACUUUUGAAACAAAGAUGGACUUCAAUGGAGAGAGGCCCAAACUGUUUUUGUGCUAAAAUCUAUUUUAUUAAAUUUUGUGUCAGUAUUUUUUUUUCUUAAAAAUCAUCUUAAGCUCUAAGGUGGUCUCAGUAUUGAGAUAUCAUGCAAGUUUGUUUUUAUUUGCCGGCUGAGAAUUCUGUCACAGUGCAAGGAAACUCUUUAUAUAGACCUCACUGGAAAUGCAAAGUGCUGUCACUGAGAUCGGGAUUCCCAAAUUCAUGUGACUUCUAUAUGAAGGGGAAAAAUAUCAUGCUGAUUUGGGUACAAGGGACCUGUGCAUGUGAAUUUCAUCUGUGUUUUAAAAAAGGAUCACGCCCCUCUACUUACCUGCCAUUAUUGGAUUCUCGGGGUUUGGACUUAACAUUGAACUGAGAAGCAUUAAGUCUUUGAACUGAAUGUAUUUUGCAGCCCUGGUUUUGGAUCACAGUCAAUGUAGGAGCACUGUUGAAGUCAUAGAAAGGAGAUUGAAAGAGGAAGAAUGACUUGUUUCUUUGUUGGUUCUAUACCUGUAACA